CCCGCGCCCGGCCAUGGCGGAGCCCGCGCCCGCCCGACGUCCGGUGCCGCUCAUCGAGUCGGAACUGUACUUCCUCAUCGCUCGGUACCUAUCGGCCGGCCCGUGCCGCAGAGCCGCCCAGGUGCUGGUGCAGGAGCUGGAGCAGUACCAGCUGUUGCCGAAGAGGUUGGACUGGGAGGGCAACGAGCACAACAGGAGCUACGAGGAAUUGGUCUUGUCCAAUAAGCAUGUGGCUCCUGAUCAUCUGUUGCAAAUCUGCCAGCGCAUCGGCCCUAUGUUGGAUAAAGAAAUUCCACCCAGUAUUUCAAGAGUCACUUCUUUACUUGGUGCAGGAAGGCAGUCUUUGCUACGUACAGCAAAAGACUGCAGGCACACAGUGUGGAAGGGCUCUGCCUUUGCUGCUCUUCAUAGAGGAAGACCUCCUGAAAUGCCCGUGAACUACGGCUCUCCUCCAAAUCUUGUGGAGAUACAUCGAGGAAAACAGCUCACAGGGUGUUCCACUUUUAGCACAGCAUUUCCAGGAGCUAUGUAUCAGCAUAUAAAAAUGCACAGAAGGAUUCUCGGACAUCUAUCUGCUGUUUACUGUGUAGCAUUUGAUAGGACAGGACAUAGAAUCUUUACAGGUUCAGAUGAUUGUUUGGUAAAGAUUUGGUCAACACAUAAUGGCCGCCUGUUAUCCACAUUAAGAGGUCAUUCUGCAGAAAUUUCAGAUAUGGCAGUGAACUAUGAGAACACUAUGAUUGCUGCAGGGAGCUGUGAUAAAAUCAUCAGAGUGUGGUGCUUGAGAACCUGUGCUCCUGUUGCAGUGCUCCAAGGACACACAGGAUCAAUUACAUCUUUACAGUUUAGCCCUAUGGCCAAAGGCUCUCAAAGGUAUAUGGUUUCCACUGGUGCUGAUGGAACAGUUUGCUUUUGGCAGUGGGAUUUAGAAUCUCUGAAAUUCAGUCCACGCCCCCUGAAGUUCACUGAAAAGCCUCGGCCAGGUGUUCAAAUGCUUUGUUCUUCUUUUAGUGUUGGUGGUAUGUUUUUAGCUACAGGUAGUACUGAUCAUGUAAUCAGAAUGUACUUUUUGGGUUUUGAAGCACCUGAAAAAAUUGCAGAACUUGAAAGCCACACUGAUAAAGUAGAUAGUAUUCAAUUUUGCAACAAUGGUGAUCGGUUCCUAAGUGGUAGCAGAGAUGGAACAGCACGAAUUUGGAGAUUUGAGCAGUUAGAAUGGAGAAGUAUUUUAUUGGAUAUGGCUACCAGAAUCUCGGGAGACUUAUCUUCAGAAGAAGAAAGGUUUAUGAAACCCAAGGUAACAAUGAUAGCUUGGAAUCAAAAUGAUAGCAUUGUUGUUACAGCUGUGAAUGAUCAUGUCCUCAAAGUCUGGAAUUCUUAUACUGGACAACUGCUUCAUAAUUUACUGGGACAUGCUGAUGAAGUAUUUGUCUUGGAGACACACCCCUUUGAUUCCAGAAUUAUGUUAUCUGCAGGACAUGAUGGCAGCAUAUUUAUAUGGGAUAUUACAAAAGGUACCAAGAUGAAGCAUUAUUUUAAUAUGAUUGAAGGACAAGGACAUGGAGCUGUGUUUGACUGUAAGUUUUCACAGGAUGGACAGCAUUUUGCCUGUACAGAUUCUCAUGGGCACCUACUCAUUUUUGGAUUUGGAUGCAGCAAACCAUAUGAAAAGAUACCUGAUCAGAUGUUCUUCCAUACUGACUACCGACCACUGAUCAGAGAUUCUAAUAAUUAUGUCUUAGAUGAGCAAACUCAGCAGGCUCCUCAUCUUAUGCCUCCACCAUUCUUGGUAGAUGUAGAUGGAAAUCCUCAUCCAACUAAGUAUCAGAGAUUAGUACCAGGUCGAGAAAAUUCUGCAGAUGAACAUUUGGUUCCACAACUAGGCUAUGUGGCCACAAGUGAUGGAGAGGUAAUUGAACAAAUUAUAAGCCUACAAACCAAUGAUAAUGGUGAACGAAGCCCAGAGCCCAGCAUCCUUGAUGGAAUGAUAAGGCAGUUGCAGCAGCAGCAAGAUCAGAGAACGGGAGCAGAUCAGGAUAUUGUUCCAAGUGGAUUUUCAAAUGGGGAAGAAACACCUCGAAGAGGUUUUAGAAGAUUAAGUUUAGAUAUGCAAUCACCUCCAAAUAUUGGUCUGCGUCGUAGUGGACAAGUUGAAGGUGUUCGUCAGAUGCAUCAAAAUGCUCCACGGAGUCAGAUUGCUACAGAGCGUGACCUACAGGCUUGGAAACGAAGAGUGGUUGUACCAGAGUUGGAUUCAAUGGUUUCGGUAUCACAGUCUAGACAGAGGACGUGUAGGCGUAAAUAUUCAACUUAUGGUAGAAGAAAUGUUGGCCGGUGUGAGUUAUCCUCUGGAAAUGAGUCUUCAGGUUCUGGAAGACAGGAGACUUCCUGUGAUCAAAGUGAAGGUUCUUAUUCGUCAGAAGAAGAUGAAUGGAAGAGUGAUAGAAAAAGUGAAAGCUAUACUGAAAGUUCAAGUGACUCUUCAUCUAGAUACUCUGAUUGGACAGCUGAUGCAGGAAUCAACUUGCAACCUCCUUUGCGAACAUCAUGCCGUCGACGAAUUACCCGAUUUUGUAGUAGUUCUGAGGAUGAAAUAUCUGCUGAGAAUUUAUCUCCUCCAAAAAGAAGACGGAAGAGAAAGAAGGAAAGCAAACCUAAAAAAGAGAAUUUGCGGAGGAUGACUCCAACAGAGCUUGUAAGCAUGGAACACUUAUAUGAAUUUCAUCCUCCAGUUUGGAUAACUGACACCACACUUCGAAAGUCUCCCUUCGUUCCUCAGAUGGGUGAUGAGGUAAUCUAUUUUCGACAGGGUCAUGAAGCUUAUAUUGAAGCUGUCAGAAGAAAUAACAUCUAUGAACUCAACCCUAAUAAGGAGCCAUGGAGAAAAAUGGAUCUUAGGGAUCAAGAAUUGGUUAAAAUAGUUGGAAUACGAUAUGAGGUUGGGCCUCCUACACUCUGUUGCCUCAAACUAGCAUUUAUAGAUCCAGCAACUGGAAGACUUACGGAUAAAUCAUUCUCUAUAAGAUAUCAUGAUAUGCCAGAUGUUAUUGAUUUUCUUGUAUUGCGUCAAUUUUAUGAUGAAGCAAGACAGAGAAAUUGGCAGUCCUGUGACAGGUUCCGAUCUAUAAUUGAUGAUGCUUGGUGGUUUGGAACAGUGUUAAGUCAAGAGCCAUAUCAACCACAGUAUCCUGAUAGUCAUUUCCAGUGUUACAUUGUUAGGUGGGACAAUACUGAAAUUGAAAAAUUAAGCCCAUGGGACAUGGAACCAAUUCCUGAUAAUGUUGAUCCACCUGAAGAAUUAGGAGCAAGUAUUUCAGUCACAGCAGAUGAGCUAGAGAAAUUGCUGUAUAAACCACAAGAUGGAGAAUGGGGUCAGAAAUCGAGAGAUGAAGAAUGUGACCGGAUUAUUAGUGGUAUAGAUCAACUUUUGAAUCUUGAUAUAGCAGCAGCUUUUGCAGGCCCAGUUGAUCUGUGUACAUAUCCGAAGUACUGCACUGUAAUAGCUUAUCCAACUGAUCUUUACACAAUCCGAAUGAGACUUGUUAAUCGAUUUUACAGGAGGCUAUCUGCAUUAAUUUGGGAAGUCCGAUAUAUAGAACAUAAUGCCAGAACAUUUAAUGAACCUGAAAGUGUGAUUGCAAGAUCAGCUAAGAAGAUAACUGACCAACUUUUAAAAUUUAUUAAGAAUCAAGACUGUACAAACAUCUCAGAACUAUCUAACACAUCUGAAAAUGAUGAGCAAAAUGCUGAGGAUUUGGAUGAUAGUGAUCUUCCUAAAACAUCUGCUGGACGAAGGAGAGUCCAUGGUUGGAAAGUAAGGAGCAACACAGCUACCAGUUAUGUUGAAAGCAACUGGAAGAAACAGUGUAAAGAACUGGUGAACUUAAUUUUUCAGUGUGAAGAUUCUGAACCAUUUAGACAACCUGUUGAUUUGGUCGAGUAUCCAGACUACCGAGAUAUUAUAGAUACUCCGAUGGAUUUUGGAACCGUAAGGGAAACCCUGGAAGCCGGAAAUUACGAUAGCCCUUUGGAAUUUUGCAAAGACAUCCGAUUGAUAUUUAGCAAUGCAAAAGCAUAUACACCAAACAAAAGAUCAAAGAUUUAUAGUAUGACCCUGAGGUUGUCGGCCUUAUUUGAAGAAAAAAUGAAGAAAAUCUCUUCUGAUUUUAAAAUUGGUCAAAAGUUCAAUGAAAAACUUCGACGAAGCCAGAGGUUCAAGCAAAGGCAAAAUUCUAAUGGUGUCAUUCAAGCUAACAAGAGUAUCAGAAAUGUCAAGCGGAAGCAGUUAAAGUCUCAGACAAAAGUAAUUCCGGAGUUGGUAGGUUCUCCUGCCCAGUCUACCUCAAGUAGGGCAGCUUACUCUGCAGCUCACAAGGCAAGUGCUGGCGUAUCUUCAGGUCUCACUUCUGGAGACUCUUCAGAUUCAGCAGGAUCAUCGGAAAGAAUGAGGAGAAGUAGACCUAUAUCUCUAAGAAACGAUUCUGUGCUAUCUGAAAGUGAAAUGGAAGAUUCCUUAGCUACCUCUUCAUCCUCUUCAGCUUCAAAUAGUUCAGAGGAAAGCAAAGAGAGUUCAAGAGCUCGUGAAUCCUCCUUGCGUAGUGGAUUGUCCAGAGGCAGCAAUCUCAGGGUGACCAGAAAUAGAGCUGCUCAGAGAAAAUCUGGUCCUGUUUAUUUAGAAAAUGGAUGUGGCAGAAAAGCCACUCGAAAGAGAGUUUAUUUGAGUGAUUCUGAUAACAAUUCAUUAGAGACCAGUGAAAUUCUUAAAGCGAGAGCUGGAAGUAACCGAAAAGUCCUACGGAAGUGUGCUGCUGUGGCUGCCAAUAAGAUAAAGCUAAUGAGUGACGUAGAAGAAAACUCUAGUUCUGAAAGUGUGUGCUCUGGUCGGAAGCUGCCUCACCGCAAUGCUUCUGCUGUAGCUAGAAAAAAGUUAUUGCAUAAUUCUGAUGAUGAUCAGAGCCUCAAGUCAGAAAUUGAAGAGGAGGACCUAAAAGAUCAAGAACAGCCAUUACAAGCAACCAGUUCUCAUGCUGCCCAGAACACUGUCAAUGACUCUGAAAAUGGAGAUUCAGAAUCAGAAAGUGACUUGCGGGUAGCCCGGAAAAAUUGGCACGCUAAUGGUUAUAAGUCCUAUACUCUAGCGACUUCUAAAACAAAAUUUCUUAAAAUAGAGUCUUCUGAGGAAGAUUCUAAAAGUCAUGAUUCAGAUGAUGGACAUAACAGAACUGCUUGCCCUUUAGAGUGUGGGCGGAAACUUCAGGCAGAGAGUAUCUCAGAGGAAGCCGACUCUGAACCAGGAAACAAUACAUUUCGCAAGAAUGCAAAUUUCUUUAAGAAAGCAAAGAUUUUAAGUGAUUCCGAAGACUCAGAAUCUGAAGAAAAAGAUAGGGAAGAUGGCAGAUGUCACAAAAUGGAAAUGAGUUCAGUUUCAGGAAACUUGAAGUGUGAACCUCUUGGUGUGCCUCAGUGUUUGUCCGAUCAUGUAUCUGAAACUGAUUUAGAUUCCGAUGAUGACAAAGUAAAGGAAAAGGCAAACACUGUCAUGAAUGAUUCAGCACCACAAGACAGUGGGCAAAGCAGAAAAGUUUCCAGGAAAAGGGUCUGCUCCAGUGAUUCGGAGACCAACUCAAGGGAGAUUAAGAAGUCAUCCAGAGCCCGAACAGAUUCUCUGAGGAUCACCCGAAGUACUUCGGCUAUGGCUACCAGUACUGUCAGGCUCAGGGGUAAUGUAGAAAAUAUCAGUUCAGAAAGUGUAUGCACCAGAAGCAAACGGGGAAGGAAACAACCCUCUCGUCCAGCUUGUACCACAGCUAGGAAGAUACUGAGUGAUUGUGAGGAAGAUGUACACUGUGAAGUGCCAAAUGAGCAGUGUGCUUGUGACGGUGAGCCAUCUGAACCUGAUGCAGAAAGGAGUGCAGGAAACUUUAGUCGGUCUUUAAAUGGAGACUCGGACUCUGAAGGCAUUUGGAAUUCAGAACACAACAGUCAUAUCAAUAAUCACAACACAAAUGUACCUUCUAAGACAAAGAAUUCCUCUGUUGGGUCUUCAGAAGAGGAUUCAAAAAACCACGUUCCAGGGAGUGAGAACAGUAGAAAAUUUUCUUCUGAGUCAACUUUUGUGCAAAAAGCAACCACAGAAAGUAAUUUUGAAGAAGAAUUGAAUUAUGGGCUACGCAGAUGGAAUGGCAGAAGACUCAGAACAUAUGGAAAGGCACCUUUCAGUAAGACGAAAGUGAUUCGUGAUUCACAAGCAACAGCAGAGACAGAAAUAAAAAGGAAGAGACUGCAUCCUGAACUGGAAAAUGUGAAAAGAGUUGAAGCAACUGGGAGUACAAAGUGCAGACCUGACACCAGUCCCAAAUCGACAGAUCUGGGAUCUCUAACGGAAUCAGAUGUUGACUGUAGUGAUAAUACAAAAACCAAAAGGAGGAAAGCGAAAGGAAAAGCAAAAGUAGUUAGAAAAGAAUCUGUUCCUAGAGACAGAGAACCCCAAACAAAAAUGCGAACAUGUAUGCAUAAUCAGAAGGAUGCAGUGCAAAUGCCUAGUGAAACUCUGAAAGCAAAAAUGGUACCUGAGAAAGUUCCCCGCAGAUGUGCUACUGUUGCUGCAAAUAAAAUAAAGAUAAUGAGUAAUCUAAAGGAAACGAUUUCAGGACCAGAAAAUAUCUGGAUUAGGAAGAGUAGCAGAAAACUGCCCCAUCGAAAUGCUUCUGCUGCGGCUAAGAAAAAGUUACUGAAUGUUUAUAAAGAGGAUGAUACAACCAUAAAUUCUGAAAGUGAAAAAGAGCUAGAAGAUACUAAUAGCAAAGUGAUUUUUUUUAGGCGGUUCAGAUCUUGGAAAGAAAAAGCACAAUAGUGACUGAGAAUGUAGAAGUGGUAUCUGAAAACAAGCAGGGGCCUCCCUGAAGCCGGCAGUUGCAUUCUGCUCUAAGCCCUAAAGCUAAUCCCUUCUUGGCAUCUUUUGAGGAAUUUCCUAAAAGCCAUACUCCAGUGGGCGGAGUGGGAGGAAGGUUUCCUUCCAGCCAGCCCUUGAACUAACACAUUAUACAGGGGGGUCUGAUGAGGAAGCAGAUUGUGGAGUCUGUAGUUUGAGAGGUGGAAAGAAAAGGCAAUGGGCCUGCCUUAAGAGUGAGGCUCCUUAACAGAGAACAAGGUCCUUAAAACCUGACUCCUUGAAGGAAGAAAAUGGGAAGUGGACAGGAUAUGUAGGAAGGAUGGAAAAUAAAUUUUUCAACACCUCAACCUGACGCUAAUUUUAAGAUUUUUUUUUUCAUUUGAAUAUAAAAAUUCUGGCCACCAUGAUUAUGGUGUCAUUACUGAAACUGGAAAAAUAUAGAGGUUCAUUUUCAAAGUAAAGUGCUGGUGAGCCUAUUUGUCUUUUGAGUGAAGCAAAAACUUCAACUAGAUCUAAUUCCUAAAUUUCACAUCCAAAGGUCAAAAACAAAAGUUGCAGAAGGGGAUUUAAUGCUGGAGUUCUGAAGCAGCGUUGGAAAUAGGCAGAUAGAGGAAAUCCAUUGAUGUCUUAUUUUGUUUAAAACUUUGGGAUUCAUACUGAAUGAUGACCACUUGGUAUGACUAAUUCAGGGAAUAUAUAUUUUUCUAUGAAAGCUCUGAAGUGACUAUCACUUUUCCUUGUUUCAUGUAGCAGCAAAAAUUAAGAGGCAGGCUUGGUUUUAAUCAGAAAAUAGUAGAGCUUAAGAUCAAAGCAGUCAUAUUUUUAGAUUAUAGAGUGAAAUAUCACCUUUAUCCUCAGCAACUUAAGAGUUGGAAGUUGAACAAUGGGAAAACUUAUUACAAUCUCAUCACAAACUUUUAUGGCAGCAUGUCUGGCUUAUAUCUUUGUGGCCUUUGCUAGGAUUAGAAAAUCUGAUCAUGGUACUACAAAAAUUUUAUUUGUAAUGGGGCUUAAUUUAUUAAUAGGUAUUUGAUCACUGGAUUAAAUGAAUGUACUGUCAAAUCUUUUUAACUUAGAUGUUGUUUUCUCAUUUAAAAAUAUCUGUGAAUAUCAGUAUAUAAUUUGCAUGUGUAAUUGAAAAAAGUAAAAUGUAGAAAUCUAGGAGUUUCUAUUUUUAAGACUAAUGCUUAUUUUAUUUAUUUGGUUAUACAGAUCGACAGAGUGUUUAGAUUACUUGAGAAAUUUGUGGCUGCAUGUCUGUUUUUAAAAAGGCUUUGGGUUUUUCAGUGUAAGCCAGAAUAUUCUAACCUACAAUGUGUCCUUUGUUCUUUUUCUAGUAUACUUUAAUUUUAAAUACUGAGCUCCAAAAUCUUGUUAUUUAAAAUAGUGAGAAAGGGAAGAAUGCCUAAUAAACUGCUAUUUUUAGGUGCAUGGGAUUUAACUUUUGAGCUUUAAUGAAAUGUUAAAACUUAUUUCCCAGUCCAAAAUUUACAUUAAUUUCAAAUUUCUUAUUUGGUAUAUUAUAUCCUCAAAAAGUGCCAUAAAAUGAAAAUAUUUAAGUCUUAGUGAAGACUAUUAUGCAAAAUUUUUAACAAUUCAAAUGUGAGAAUUAAGUUUUGAGUUUGUAAUCUUCUCUGGUUUUUGUCAGUAUCUGAGAUUGUAUGGUCAUCCUUUCAUAAUGGAAUUCCUUUUCCAAUUUAGUAUUUAAUUUAAACAUAUAUUUGCCUUUUUAUAAGUGCUUGGUCUGUUUAUUGUAAUUGCAUGAAAUAAGCAUUUGUUUGAAACUUAACAUUCUUGUAAAACUUUGAGAUGUAUGCAGAAUUUAAAUCAUAGCCAAAUGUGUUAUCAUUAUUCUAUAAUAACUUUAGUCAGAUUGUCAGAAAAGAUUUCUUCAUAAUGUAAUAUCAAAUGAUGAAAAAUCAAGUUGAAUAUCUUACUUGUAAAAUGACAAUUACUUAACAAAAGGACUAAGAAAGUGAUGCCCAAACAACCUUUUUAUCUGCAAUUCACUCAUACUAGACCGACUAAUGCAGGAGUCCUCAUGUUUUAAAAUGUUAUAUUGGUAAUCUUGUAUAUUCUUUCUCAUAGAUGAUACCCAAGGUUUCCUAAGCUUGCGGCUAGCAGCUUGGUCUGUUUACUCUUAAGUGUUCACAUAUUUUAUUUCCCCCUUGAUGUGUAAAAUUGCUGUAGACAUUUUAUGUAAGUGAUCUUUUUGUUUUCCCACAUCUUAAGAUGUUUCUGGCAACUUGGAGAUAUUUUGGGCCAAUCUCAAAAGACUCCCCCAAUGUAUCACCAUUGUGACUAUUCACUGAAAAAGUUCCAAGAUGCAGGCAGUGACAUCCAUUUCAACACAACUAAAUCCAGGAUCUGUCUUUUGCGUUUCAUUGUAGUAAUGGAUUCAGCCAAGAGUUGUCCCCUUUUCUCUCGCUUGGAACAGUGCUCUGUGAGCUUUGUCUUCCAGCACAAGCUAAUAAAGAACCAAUUCAAUACCUAACAGUGAAAGGCUAUUUAAGAUGAAAAAAAUAGGAGGCCAAGUUUUAAAAACUAUUUUUGCAUUCUCAUAAAAUGUUUUUUAGGUCGGUUUGACAGUCAUCAGCUUUUGAAUGCGAAUUCCUAAGCCAGAGUAAAGGUCACAUUUCUACAACACCA